AUGUCUAGGCCAAGUUCUCCCGAGAAUGGCACCUCGUGGAAGAAGACCACGCUUCUCUCUGAGAACAAUACCGUACAAGAUGAUAAUUCAGAAGUACUCACUGCUGCAACGACACGCUUCUUUCAAAGGAUGGUCAAUGGUGAUAUGGUAGUUGGUGAAACCCCACAAGUAGGAUGCACAUUAGAACAGUUCUCCCGCCAGCACCCACCUGCUUUCGACGACAGAUCAAAUGCCAUGGAUGUGGAGAGCUGGAUCGAACUAUUGGAACAGGUCUUUGAGGCACUUUAUUGCACAGAUGAUCAGAAGGUGACUUAUGCUGCUUUCAACUUAACAGAUGCGGCAAACAAGUGGUGGAAGUCAGCACGAGCACUCUUGCAGAUGGAACUAGGAGAUGGAGUCCCUAUCACAUGGGAGUGUUUUAGGAAGAUAUUUUUGGAGUGCUUCUUUCCUCAAACUCUUCGCGAGUCUAGGGCCCAUCCGUUUGCAGAUCUUACCCAGGGAACAAUGACAGUAGACCAAUACACUACCAAAUUCAUGGAAUUGUCUCGUUUCGCCAGUUACUUAAUUCCAGAUGAGGAAAAGAAAGCUGAAAAGUUUGAGCGCGGUCUAAAUCAUAGGAUUAAGGAGCGUCGACAGCAGCAGCAACAACUCCGACCAGCAUCACAUAGGGAUAAGAGGCCUUUUCAGGAUAAUGGACAACGACCACGACAGGGCCAGACAGGAUGGCUCCCCAUGUGUGGGAAGUGUAGUAAGAGGCAUGCAGGGAAAUGUUUGAUGGGAACCGGAGCAUGUUUCAAGUGUGGGAAGGAAGGACAUCAUCUUCGAGACUGUCCUGGGAAGAACAUAGCUACUACUCAAGCUAUAAGAGACGGACAGAAGAAUAUGGCACCAGCUCGAGUUUUCUCCUUGGCACAGUUGCGUGACACCGAUGCGCCCGCCAAUGAGAACACAAGUAACUAA